AUGUGUUUGUGUGGUUAUUUGAUACUUGCUGAUACAGCCAACACUUUGAGCGAGUUUGCACAGACGGUUGAGGUUUACGUGGACAACGUUCACAGACCUGGAUACAUCCUGCACCUUGUCCAUCACUCUAACUAUUGGGGCAACUAUGAGCCUAUGGACGGAGGUGAGUCUUCUC